UCAUGUUCAGCGCAUGCAUAUGUGUCAAAUUUAACCAUGUUAAUUAUAGGAUGGAGGGAGUAGCUAAUAAGCGUUUUUCAAGUCAUAAGUCAUAUGUCAUACGGAGUAAUAACUAGUUUACGGAGUAUGUCCUCAUCCAAGACCUUGUGAAUGUUGUGAUACAUAGACAAGUUUCGCUAACUUUGACAAUACAAGUAGUCAACGAAAAGGCAAGUGCAAUGCCUGCUGAGUGUUGACGAUGAAAUAGAUUAAAGGCAUUUGUAGAGACUCCAACAACGAACACUUGAACUAAAAAGAUCGAGUUAUAUACAUCGUACCUCAUUUUUAAGUCUUGCAAAGGAGCUCAAAUGGCAAAGAUGGCAACAAUUCGAGAAAUCCGAAAUUCCCAAAGAGCAGAUGGUCCAGCCACUAUCCUAGCCAUUGGCACUGCAAACCCACCCAAUGAAAUGAGCCAAGAUGAAUUUCCUGAUUUUUACUUCCGGGUUACUAAGAGUGAGCAUAUGACCAAUCUCAAGGAGAAAUUCAAGCAUAUGUGCAAGAAAUCAACCGUCAAGAAGCGAUACAUGUACCUAACGGAAGAAUUAUUGAAAGAGAACGCGAAUAUGUGUGAUUACAACACCUCAUCUUUAGACACUCGCCAAGACAUACUAGCAAUUGAGGUGCCCAAACUUGGGAAAGAGGCAGCUAUUAAGGCCAUCAAAGAAUGGGGCCAGCCGCGGUCCAAGAUCACCCACGUCAUUUUCUGCACCGUAUCAGGUGUAUCCAUGCCUGGGGCAGACUACGAGCUUACAAAACUCCUCGGCUUAGGGCCUACUGUUAAGCGCUUUAUGCUCUACCAACAGGGUUGUUAUGGCGGGGGCACGGUCCUCCGUCUAGCCAAGGACAUUGCAGAGAACAAUCGUGGAGCUCGUGUGUUGGUAGUCUGCUCAGAAAUGACAGUAGUUGGCUUUCGAGGGCCUACUGAGACACACUUAGACUCGAUGGUAGGACAAGCCCUCUUCACUGAUGGUGCAGGGGCUGUGAUCGUGGGUGCUGAUCCAGAUGAGUCUGUCAACGAACAACCGAUUUUUGAACUUGUAUGGGCCUCCCAAACCUUCUUGCCGGGUUGCGAAAGGGCCAUCGCAGGACAGCUGCGACAAGUAGGAUUGACCAUUCAUUUAGCAAAGGACGUACCAAAGUUAAUAUCUGACAACCUUGAAAAAACAUUGGUUGAGGCUUUUAAACCUAUUGGUAUAAAUGAUUGGAACUCCAUCUUUUGGGUUGCUCAUCCUGGAGGUCCUGCUAUCCUAGAUGAGGUGGAAGCCGAGCUCGGCCUUGACGAGGACAAGCUCAGUGCAACUCGGCAUGUACUUAGCGAGUUUGGAAAUAUGUCUAGUGCUUCCGUAUUGUUUAUCUUGGAUGAGACAAGGAAGAGGUCGUACAAUGAAGGCAAGGCUACAACUGGUAAUGGGUUGGAUUGGGGAGUCUUGUUUGGGUUCGGGCCGGGUAUUACUAUUGAAACUGUUGUGCUCCAUAGUGUCCCAACAAAAUUAGCUUGAUUGAGGCAACAUCCGAUGUAUUGACACUUUAUAAGACCAAUGCAAAUGUAUUGUACUCUCUAUGUUUCAAAUAAAAAUACUUCAAUUUGUAAUUUAGAAUAAUAAAUAUUGUAAUACAUUGGAUAUUGUAAUUUAGAAUAAUAAAUAUCGUACUUUGUAUAUAAAACAUCAAUUU